UAACGGCGGACGGUGACUAGAUCGAUAAGCUUUCCCAUUGAAAAUGCUCAGAUCUUUGCAUUCUAAUUUCUUUCUUAUAUAAAAAAAAAAAACUAUAAUCCCACUCUCUUUCUCUCUGUAAAAAAAUAGGGUAUCUCUGAGUCGUCGUCACGAAAGAGUUGAAGACGAGAACAAGCCAAAGUCUGAUGUUUUGGUGAGGAAUAUUUGCAAAAGAUUGGAUACUGACGGAGUUGGUUCAACAAAAUUUAGAAAAAUGGAGUUUUGCUCAUAAGAUGUUUGUAGAUUUGACUCUAUGAUCUUGGGCAAAAUUUGAUAGUGGGUUUCAUAAAGAUAUCCUAAGAGGUAGAAUUUGAUCUGGGUCAUGUUGGUUGGUGCAUUUCACAAGUUUUCAUGGACUAAUUUGAGUUGGGAUUAGUAUUGAAGAAAACAUGGCUUCUUCUCCUUCAUCUUCAUUGUCUCCUCCACCUCCCAAUGCCACAUCUGAUCCUCCGGCCUCUUCGAACACUCUUCCUCCUCCUUUGCCUUCCACUUCCCCUCCCCCUUCGGCCGUUCCUCCUCCGCCCUUAAUUCCAAAUUCACCCCCUCCAUCAACCUCUCCUCCACCUUCUUCAGCCCCUCCCCCGACUCCUACAUUAACUCCAACACCACCUUCUUCAGCCCCUCCCCCGACUCCUACAUUAACUCCACCACCACCAUCACCACCACAAGCUGAUCCCCCUUCAACACCUACAUUGCCUCCUCCAACUCCUCCUACUUCAUCUCCACCGCCCACCAGCUCUCCUCCUAUAAUAAUUACCCCUCCACCACCACCACCUCCAUCGGCUAACCCUCCCGUCCCUUCCCCUCCGUCGCCAAUUUCAGAGUCCCCUCCUCCUUCAAAACCACCUUCUUCAGCCCCUCCCCCGACUCCUACAUUAACUCCACCACCACCAUCACCACCACAAGCUGAUCCCCCUUCAACACCUACAUUGCCUCCUCCAACUCCUCCUACUUCAUCUCCACCGCCCACCAGCUCUCCUCCUAUAAUAAUUACCCCUCCACCACCACCACCUCCAUCGGCUAACCCUCCCGUCCCUUCCCCUCCGUCGCCAAUUUCAGAGUCCCCUCCUCCUUCAAAAUCUCGACCUCCACCUUCGAAUCCUUCAACCCCUCCUCCAAAGGAACAACCACCAUCCAUUCCCUCUCCCCCUUCCCCUCCCAAUAAUUCCUCUAGUAACGCACCCCCUGUUGACCCAUCUCUACCUUCACCUCCUUUACCGUCUCCCAACACUCCAUCGGGUGGUCUCACACCUCCAAUUAGUCCGAGUGGCGAUGGAUCAUCUUCCUUCGGUCCUAAUGUUACUGCCAGAUCAGGAGAUGGGAGUAAUAGUGGUGGUGGUGGAGCAAAGACUGGUGUUGUAGUGCCAGUUGUUGUGGUGACUAGUCUCUUGGUGCUUGGUUUAGUAGGAUUAGCUGUGUGGUAUUUCAGGAAGAAGAAAAGGAGAUCAGGAGGAUAUGCAGCUGGUUUUGUCAUGCCGUCACCAUUUUCAUCUUCGCAAAUGUCAGAAUCAUCCUAUACACACACUCCAACAGCGCCUCUCGUGUACAAUAGCUCUGGGACUGGGAACCAUGGAUUUCUGAACUCACCUGACCCUGCACUGGGGAAUUCAAAGCAAUGGUUUAGCUAUAAGGAAUUAUACAAGAUCACAAAUGGGUUCUCGGAUGAGAAUCUUUUAGGCGAGGGUGGAUUUGGUUGUGUGUAUAAAGGAUGCCUUUCGGAUGGGAGGGAGGUCGCUGUCAAGCAACUCAAAGUUGGCGGUUCGCAAGGGGAGAGGGAAUUUAGAGCAGAAGUUGAGAUCAUUGGUCGUGUACACCAUCGUCAUUUAGUCUCCCUUGUUGGUUAUUGUAUAGCAGACAGCCAAAGGAUGCUUGUCUAUGAUUAUGUUCCUAAUAAUACAGUUGAUUAUCAUCUCCACGCAAAAGGAAUACCAGUUUUGGAUUGGACAACCAGAGUCAAGGUUGCUGCAGGCGCAGCUCGAGGACUUGCCUACUUGCAUGAGGAUUGUCACCCAAGGAUCAUUCAUAGAGAUAUAAAGUCAUCAAACAUCUUACUGGAUAGCAACUUUGAAGCACAGGUAGCUGAUUUUGGGCUUGCACGGUUAGCUAUGGACGCUGCAACACAUGUCACAACACGAGUAAUGGGGACUUUUGGAUAUUUGGCUCCAGAGUAUGCAUCAAGUGGCAAGUUGACCGAGAGGUCUGAUGUUUAUUCUUUUGGUGUUGUACUUUUGGAGCUUAUAACUGGGAGAAAGCCUGUUGAUACAACUCAACCUGUGGGAGAUGAGAGCCUUGUUGAGUGGGCUCGACCACUACUGAGUCAUGCACUUGAAACUGGAGAUUUCAACGAGCUACCCGAUCCAAGGCUUGAAAAUAACUACAAUGAGAGAGAAAUGUUUCGAAUGAUUGAAACAGCAGCUGCAUGUGUUCGACAUUCAGCAUCAAUGAGGCCUCGAAUGGGGCUGGUGGUGAGGGCUCUAGAUUUAGCUGAUAUUGACCUUAGCAACGGCAUGAGACCUGGCCAAAGUGAGCUUUUUUCUGCGCAAUCUGCAGAAAUUAGAUUAUUUCAGAGAAUGGCUUUUGGAAGCCAAGAUUAUAGUAGUGAUUUCAGCAAUUUCAGUAACUUUAGCAGAACAAGUCGGCAGACCCAGAGAGAUUCCUGAUCACUUUUGCUUCUCCCCCAAAAUCACCCGACGACAAUGCUUUGUAGAACUGUGCUUAAUGAUUAUUGAUAAAAGAUAAAAGAUAUGUAUGUUAUAUAACUAAAAAAAUCAGAAGCUACCUUUAAAAAUA